AUGACCAGCCCCACUCACUCUAAUGGGGUAGCAGACAACCAGUCAUCAGAGAUCACUGUCCAUAAAGAACUCUGUCCUUCAGACCUUGAAUACUCAGACAAAUACAAAGGCUACACCAGUACCAAGGAUGGACCGAAGGCCUCGGACGAUACCCUCGAUGCAGUGAAGUCUUCCAUUCUACAGUGCCAACCUCCUUUUGUUGAAGAUUACACUUUUCAUGGCAACCCCAAAGAUGAUAAUCUUUUCAGUCGAAUCAUCAGAGGGGAAGUACAGCAAUGGCGUAUUUGGCAAAGUGAAGACCAUGUGGCUGUUUUGACUCCCUUUCCAAACACUCCGGGCUUUACUGUCCUGUUGCCACGGAAACGGUUAUCAAGCAACAUUCCUGCAAUAGAAGAACAGGACUACGUUUCUUUAAUGUUAGCAGCAAGAAAAGUGGGUCAGUUGCUUCAGAAGGCUUUCAACACUCCCAAUGUUGCCAUGGUGUGUGAGGGGAUGGCAGUAGAUUAUGCCCACGUCAAGCUUAUCCCGCUGCAUGCCUCAGGUCCAGAGGAAGUCGCCCGCCUACACGUCGAGCCAGAACACGUGGAAACCUAUCGUGGGUAUAUCACGACUAAAGAAGGACCACAAGCUAAGGAAGAAGAUCUGAAGUCUUUACAAAAGCUUAUCCUCAAAGAUGAGGAAGAUGAGAAAUGAGCUACAAUUUUUUGUCAAAUUACAAACAAUAAAUGGCAGCAUAUGUAAAGCAUCAAAUGCAAUAAUAGGUGGCAGCACUUGCUGAUACCUCAUUGUUACUGAAACAUUUUAUUCAACAACACAUAAACUUUUGUAACGCCAUAGUCAAAUCAUGACAUAUAAAACUAUGCAAUUUCUAGUCACUACCUGGUUAUAGUUACACUGGUACCUGUAGAUGGCAGCACUUGCUAGUCAAGCCAAGACUGUACAGACAUGUACUAAUACUGUAGAUGGCAGCACAGUUCAGACUCUGAUCUACUAGGCAACAGCACAGGCUUCAGGGUAUCGUAACCCUUUAAUAUCGCCCAGAUAACGAAAAUGAGGUUUUUCCUGCAUCUAAUUAUUCAAUAAUGCAUCUGUCUUUGAACUGAUUUCUGCGCUUUGACACCCACCCACCCUCCCUCCGAAUGUACAAGUUUUCUCUCUUAGAAACCAAACGAGACUCAGAAACUAUAUUAAAAGCAAAAAGAACCAGAUGUACAUAUGUAGUUUACCAGAACUCGGUCCCUUUUCCUAAUAACUGGCUUUGCCAAAGUCAGAGGAGCUGUUA